UAUUUGGACAUGUUUGGACAUGUUUAUUUUGAUUAUCCAUCGUCCCUAUCGAAUGAAACAACAUUACACUACGCGUAACACCUUAUGACGCAUACAUGACCGCAAUAUACGACGACCAGGCAACGAGCCUCUUCCGAGAUUUUACGUCUAGUCAUUUUUUGGUAGUUGUUGUGUAUGUUCUUGUACAUCCUGUGAUUACUCAGCUGUAGAUGUCUAAGCCAGCCACCAAGUUCGAAAAAUCCGCCGCUCUUUGUCUAGUAACUCAUAUUUCAAAGACGCGAACAUUGAGAAACAGGAGAAAUGAGACUUCAAUGUACGGCGGAGGAGAAACUAUCAUCAACUAUCACAGCUGGAAAGCUCUCAUUCCCCUGAAAUAUUGUUUCUAACUGGCAGUCGAAGUUAUCGUCAGUGAAAACUCUGUAGUCCAUACGAAAUGGUUCAAGAAAAACUGCAAUUUCAUUUGCAAAAAGGCCUCGAUCUGUAAUACGUUCGCUUAAUUCCCUCAGAAGCUUUCGGAUGUUACGUCACUCUGAUGUAUCCCGUUCCCAGAAUCCCUCUCUCUUCCUCUUUGGAGGAAGCGAGGAGUACAGAUUGUGGCACCACUACGUGGAAAAGCGGAAGUAGUCAGUAUUUUUCUUGGAAUCGCUUAAUUAUGUGUUAAUGUUAACAAACUGUGAAUACUGGUCAAGAUUCUCCUAUCUUUGCAAACGUUAGACUUCUAGCGAUCUAAAUCAUCCACUUUGUUAUAAAAAUGGCUUGCGAAAACGCAACUGAUUAUGAUUACAAAGUAGUCGAUAGGGACAGUGUUCUCCUGGAAGCUAUCUCUGAAAUCAAACAAAAAAUCGCUGAGAGGAACACUCUUCUAGCCGUUGAUUGUGAGGGAGAUUCCUUGAGCAGGAAGGGAACCCUCACUGUCAUCACAGUAGCAACUGAGGAGAAAGUGUACAUAUUUGAUGUGCAAAAAUUGGGUCAAGUCGUUUUCAGCGGUGGACUUGGCGAAAUCCUCGAGGACAGCUCACGAGAGAAGUUGAUGUUCGAUUGCCGACAAGACUCUGACGCGCUAUGGCAUCAGUUUCAAGUUAAACUUAAAGGAGUCUUGGAUAUUCAGCUCCUUGAAAUUAUCUAUCGCCGUGAAAACCCUUCAGAAUCUACAGCUCGUACUCCCCAAGUUUCCACCAGGAAUAAACGCGGUUUUCAGUCCAACCGCCGCAGUCAGAGAAUACACGAAAUAGAAAAAUUAUAUGGUUUUGGUCGUUGCAUUGAGUUGUACCUCCAGGAUGAAAAAUUGUCCAAAGUAAAAGACAAAGGCAAAGAGCUGCUAAAGGAAGAUGAGAAAGUGUGGAUAAAGAGACCACUGACGGAUGCUCUUAUACAAUACUGUAUUGUGGAUACCAUGGCCAUGUUCAGGUUGUACAACAAGAUGAAGGAUGUGAAUGGAGGGGAAUCGUCUCGUCUUCGAGUUGCAUCCGAAAAGUAUGUCGGUCUGUACCGAGGCAAAUCAGAAAGGUCCUUUGAUGAGUAUGAAACAAACGGGUACCUUCCUCUUGACAUCAUCCCCGAGAAAGGAACUCUGGAUUUUCCUGUCGCUAACACAGCAUGUACUUGCUGCGAUCGACUAUUUCCAAGGGAAGAAUUCAGUGUAACACAGCUAAGAAAAGGAGAGCAGAAAUGCAGGGUAUGCAAGGAAAUAAAACGCCUGGAUGAUGUGCAAAGGAACAGAGAAGAUAAUUGGGAGCGUGCUGCCCGCGAAGAGGAAGAGUGUGUUUACAUUCCUGAAGGAAUGUCUGACUAUGCGUUUGUUUACGGCCACGAACCCUGGGAGACCUUUUCAGACUACUGGUGAACAUACCUUUACGAGACCAUAUGGAGAGUCGCUGUGAAGACUGCAAUCGAAUCCUAAAAUACUUUGUAUCUUUUAAUAAUCACUAUAAAUACCUCAUGGUAGACUAUAGUAAGACCAUUCAUAGUAAAAUGAUCAUAGCCGCGAGCACCUGAUGUUUUAACAUUUUUACCAUUCAAUCAAUUUUGUCUUCGUUUACAUUGGCCGUAGGGAGCAGAUAUCACAAGAUUACGGCACCGAAAACCGUAACGGCUGUAAGUGGACUAACGUGUACACCUGCCAUCUUGAAUCUUAUGACUUUACUUCCGGUUUACAAGUUGUUAUGAUUUGUCACGGCAGCCAUUUUGAAUUUAUUACAAAGAGACAUGACAUGGAUUAGUACAAAUAGUUACAACUGUUGAACACCUACCUAUUAUUAUAGCUAAACUACUUAGAGAAGCUAAACUAGCCAAACUCUAACAUUGACCUUCUU